AUGGCUGAUGAUGAUUUAAAACUCGAUUUAACAGGUAAAAAAAAGAAGUCCAAGAAGCCAAUCGUACUCGAUGAUGACACACCAAAAACAGACGAAAAUGUAGCUCCAAUCACAGACUCGGAAGAACUGGUAUUGGGGCCGAAAAAGAAGAAAAAAGCGCCAAAGGUGCCUAUUGUUGAUGAGGGACGUUCUCCAGAAGAGGCAGCUGAACUUGUUGCGGGUGUUGGUGUAUCAAAUCUUAUCGAUUCAAAAAAUCCAUGGCCUGAUUACACGUAUGAACAAUUGCUGGAACUCGUUUUUGGUAUAAUGCGUGAGCGGAAUCCGGAAUUGGCGGCUGGUGAAAAGAAAAAAUUCGUCAUGAAACCACCUCAGGUAGCUCGUGCUGGUAGUAAAAAGACAGCAUUCGCUAAUUUUGCUGAAAUUUGUCGGUUACUGAAACGACAACCGAAACAUGUACUGCAAUUCCUGUUAGCAGAAUUGGGUACAACUGGUUCAAUCGAUGGUAAUAGCUGUUUGAUUGUUAAAGGACGCUUCCAACAAAAGCAUAUUGAAAGUGUUUUGCGAAAAUACAUUAAAGAAUAUGUUACGUGUCAUACAUGUAGGUCUUCUGAGACGGAAUUGACAAAAGAUACACGUUUGUUUUUCUUAGAAUGUAAAACAUGUGGUAGUCGAUGUUCUGUUACAGCUAUCAAGAGUGGAUUUACUGCUAUGGUAGGAAAACGUGCUGCAUUGCGACGUGCUGCAGAAGCCACUGCAGGCAAAUAA